AUGACAGGAUCUGAACAGACAAUUAUCGAGUGGUUUGGCGCAACAACCUACCGCCUAAAAACAAGAGGCCUUACAAUCUUCCUCGAUACAUGGCUUGACCGCCCCUCCACUUUACCACAGUACCUAUCUACGUCCGAUGUUACGGAAUGUGACUAUAUCUUCAUCUCGCACGCACACUUCGACCACCUCCCCGGAGCCGACAAGAUUGCCCUCCGCACGGGUGCUACAAUCGUCGGGAACGGAGAGGUCAUAAAUGUUAUGCGUGCUGCCGGCGUGCCCCCUUCGCAGCUUCUCGCAAUCGCCGGAGGUGAGCGUAUCCCGUUGGGUACCUCAGGUGUUGUCGCUCAUGCAUACCCUUCCCUCCAUUGCCUUAUGCCUCCUGGAGAUCAUUUGAGUAUGCCAGAGACGCUGGAUACAGCGACGGUGUAUCUUGGUGGUCAAGACGGGUGCACACUUGACGUAACAAGGGGUAUGACGAAGGGGUUCACUCACAUCUGUAGCGCGCCCGACGAAGCAUUCGCCAACGCACCCGAGGAAUUCAAGGUGUUCCGAGAGUGGUUGAAGGAUCGGGAAGCGAAUCGAUUCUCGUAUUUUGACGGUGGCCAAAUUAUGUAUAAUUUUGUCAUACCAUAUCAGGGGGUACUGCUGUGGUCUGGGCAUUUGGGGGCGUAUGAGGGUGUGGUGAAGAGUAUGUGUCCAAAGCCAGACGUAGUUAUACUUGGGGUUGCAGGGAGGGGCAAUUUAGAUGGUAGGCCUUUUGAAGGGUCUUCAGCGGAGAUGGUGACGAGGAUUGUAGAAUGGUUGGGAGAACCUGAGAGGAUAGUGUUUUCGCUGUGGGAUGAAAUGCCACUUAAACCAAAAAGAAUAGAUACGAGGGCGGCAAAAAAGGCAGUGGAAGAGAGGACAAAAAGUCGGGUGUGGGAUUUGGUACAUGCUGAAGUUGGAGUGGUGUUCGACCAGCCGAGGGGUGUAACCGAUGGAAAUGUAAUGGAUACGAAACCUAUAGUAUAA